AUGGACUUCGGCGACGCCCUCGCCGCUGGGUCUUCAGGUCGUUCCGACGGUGCUGCCUCUGACUCGGGUUCGGCCACCAGUUCAGUGGAGCUUAUCAGCUCACAUUUGCAUCGCUUGCAGCUUGAUCACAACAGCUUGCAGCAUCGCUUUCUGCAGGCCAUUGCACGCAUUGAGGUCCUUGAGCAAGAGCAAGCCAGACAGGCCUCCAGAUUGCAGUGGCUGGAGCAGUUCAUCCAGCGAGCUCGGGCUUGCUUCUCGGGAGUGCUGUUCUCCGCUGGCGGGCCGCCCUCACUUCCUUCUGCCAAUUGA